GCAGGUCUGAUCUGUCUGCAGCCAAUCAUCGUCCUCGCAGCGGAAUUUGAAAACGUACCCGCCAUGGUUGUUGUGUUGUUUCAGGCUCCGUUAAUUCAGUCCUUCCGCUCGGUUAUGUACUGGAAGUAACGUAAAGGAAGUUUGUUUUAGCUUAAUAUUUUUGGACUUAAGGGGAAAGGUAAGCGUUUUUUUUUUACCCCAAAAGCCUGUUAUGAUAUACGGUAGCUUACCAAACCAAGAUGUAGGAGUUAAAGUCAUAUCCAGGGCCUCUUGUUUUACGGUGAUAUUCGGUAUGGCUAAUGUGGCUAACUUUGGUACCUAACAUAAACAUCAAAACAGUGCAUGUUCACUCGCCUUAUUGGUAGACAUAGUUUAGUGACUCUUUUGCUGUCACUGGUUGAGGUGAAAGUCCAUCGAAAACAAGAUUACUCCAUUUAGCUUCACAGUUUUUAACCAUCGUGGUGUGUUAAUCGUUUACGACGUGUUGUGUUUUCUGCGUUAUGACCUUUACAUUUCCUCUUUAAUCCACCUCCAUUCAGAAAACUUAGACUCCACAUUAUUUUUCCACUAAGGACCUCCCUUUCAUACAAUACUACGCACUUUCUUCAAAAAGGAGAUAUGACUUUGUUUAUGUUUUACAAAAAAAUAUCAAAUUAAAGUUAGGAAUGCAUAAUGUUGGAUAUUUGGCAACAUCUUAAUUACUGUUAUUAAACUUCUAUACAGUAAAAGAAAGUGCAUAUAUAAGUAUCAACCAAAAUAACAUCAAGUGUUUCUUGCACUAGAAUGUAGAUAGUCUUUCUAUUGAUAUUACUCAAUGUGCCUGCAGUCUGUUGACGGCACUUUUAAAAGAGGAAGGUUGUUGUUUGAGCAGUCGUAGGGUUACACAUGAAUAACGUUUCACCUUAUUUUUGUUUCAUAUUGUGAGGUAAAGGUGUGUUUAAUGAGGCUACAGGCUGCUCUGAACAGCUUGCUCAAAAAGUCAAAACAUGAGAUUUAGUGAAAUCCUGAUACACUAACUGGUGGGUCUCCUUUGAAAGGCACAGUACACAUAAAACGUACAUCUAAUGCUGGGUUUUUCUUGUCCCUUUCCAAAUGUUUAGGUCAGAUUUCUGGCUUGAAACAUAUUUCACAAUUCCUCAUUUCAAAUAGAGAAACAAAGAUAUACUCAAUGACACAUCUUUGCAGCAUAGCAACAGUGGAGGAGGGUUCUGGAGUGCUUGGUUUGGGGCUUUAGAGUAUCUUAAAAAGACAGGUGCUGAAACAAGGUUUUUUUUUUUUUUUUUUAAAGACACUAAUCUUGGAUAAGUAAAGAAUUUUUUAGUUCUAAACCAUGUAAAGCUACUUGAAGACUGAAAAUGGGUGUAUUCAAUGUUAAUGCUCCGAUUAUACACAUCUGUCUCUCUCCACAGGUACUGCAGAUACCUGAACAUGGAAUCUCGAUUUGCUCAUCUGCGCCAGCGGGACACCAGUGUGUCAAUGCUGAGGGUGAAGAUGUCCCGCAGAAGGUCUCAGUCUCAAAAAGAGAACAGAGAUCGGGCCGUGAACACCCGCAGACAGCUUGACAAAGUCCCAGAGCUCGACGUGUCAUCCCUGGAUGCUUCCAUUGCAAUGGCCAAUAUGUCGAUCAUACCAGAGAAGACACAGAACAAGACAAAACUUGCUAAAAGUGAGGCUGCAUUCACUAUCUGAGAUACAAACUUCUGUUAACAUUAGCCCCUGCUUUAACUGGUUCUAGUAAGUGCUAGUUUUAAGCUUAGACUGUUUUUUGUCUCACCCCACAUGUGUUUUUCCACAGAUGAGGCAGUAGAAGAGAGGCUGAAGCAACUUGAGCGCUGGAAAGAGCGUAAGGCUCUUGAGAAGGAGAAAGAAAAGAGAGAAAAGGAGCGAAAAGGAGUAUUUAAGACGGGCAUGUAUCAUCCAAAGGACACUUUUUCCAUUGGCUCCCUGCCUGAGGUCCCAGCUGUCGCAAACAGAGCUAAAGAGGUGAGGAGGGGGGUCAUCGAAUGACCGGUUUAUAUUAAUUACUUGAAGUGAUGGUGACAUGAGUGUAACACACUCACAAUGAGGCAGUGUUGUUGUGUGAUGAUUCCCACGAAGGUAAAUGAAAUGUUUUUGUUUCAUCAGACUAAGGUCAACACUGCAACAUCACAGAGUACCAGAGUCACUCGUUCAAUGAAGCAGCAGGACAUUCAAAAGGUAUGACUUGCUCUUAAAUAUCUUUCACAAAUUUCCUUCUGCUCACUUUAUUAAUACUCAAAGCUAUUAUGUGCUGUGUUUUUUUCUACAGCCUCUAAAACCGCAGGAUCCAAAUGCAUCAAGAAAAGGUAUGUCAGUUAAAAGUUACUUCAUUUACAUUGAAGCAGCCCUAAGUCUGUUGUGUACUCGAUCUAACCUCCUUCUCCUCCUGUAGCUCAACCUGCAACCGAGAAACUGAACCGGACUCGGGCAGCUCCUGUAAAGCCCGCAGCAGCUGCAACCAAGACCAAAGUGUGCGCAGGUAACUAAUAAAGAGAAAAAUCCUGGCCCAUGAGUGGACCUUGCGAUGAGCUAUCAAGUUGGUUUCACCCUAUUGUGUUUCCUCAUUUGCAUCUCAAUCUGUGCCUGUGUGUUAUGCCAUCCUGCUGUAGUGGAGCCAGUCGUGCGAGCGACCAGAUCAGCCAACAGGCCUCCUGUUACAGCAGCUCCGGUGGUGAAAGACAAACCCAAGGGCAAGCCUGCAGGUACACACUGCGCCAAAGCUUUAAUUUAGGCAGUCUGGUUUUUAGAAAUAAUGAAAUCACUCGGCCAAAAUCAGCAAAUACAGCAGGACUUUGUUGUUCACUUAAAAAUAACUGAUGUUUAAAAUGUCUCUUCUUUCCCUCAGAUGUUAGGACCACGAGGAGCAGGGCUGUUGUCAACCCUAUGCCCCCCCCAUCUGACAGAAAAAGGAACUGUAAAGGUAGCUUAAAAUGUUGUUUAAAAGCCGACCAAUUAUUAAGGGCCAUCAGCCUUCAUUGAUUUUUUUCUCUUACUUCAGCUGUGACACAAAACAGAUUUAUGUGAUUCGAUACAUAAAAAAAUACUCUCAGUACACAUUACUGCACAUAACUCCAUUACUGCUUCAUCUUGAAUGUGACAUUAAAGAGUGGAUAGUUUAUCAUUUUUCACCAAGUAACCUUUCUUUUCGUGUAUCUUUUCUUGAAAUAUGCAGCAACCAUCAGCAACCCGAUCCAGCCUGCUGAACUGAUGGUGAGUUUUCUUAUCAGUGAAAAUUCAACAGUGUGUUCAACCAUUUUGAUUUUUGUUUUUAGUGACUUGAUUAAAAAAAUACUGUUUCGUUUUGGUUAAGGAGCCUGAGAUUCAGAACCCAGAGGAAAUCCCAUGUCCCUCCAGCCCAGUACCCUGCCUCGAAGAGGAGAAGAUGUUGGUGGAUGAAGCUCCAGCUGACUCCGUCCCUGCUGUGGAGCCUGUUGAGGCACCAUCCUCUUCGUCAUCUUUUGCACCAGCGGGCUUCAUCUUCCAAGCUCCCACUGGGUUGUCCUCGUUUAAGUUUGAGCCCCUCACUCCUCGAUCAGCAGAUGCCUUCCUCACACCGAGGUCUGUCUGAUACCCCUAUUAUUUUUUUAUCAUUUGAAAACACAAGAGCUCUGUUGUUGAUUUUUUCUUUUUGCAUUUAAGCCUAAUAUUGAUACCAGAGGUGUUUGUGUACCAAUCUGUACUACUUCCACUCUCAUUGUCACUCUUUCUGUCUACAGCUCAAGCUUCACUUUACCUGCAGCUCCCUCAUUUAACGACGAGCCUCAGACUGAGACGACUGAACCAUCCCCUCCUAAAUCUCCUCGCCGUUCCCCUCAAACAACUCCCACAGUGCUUUCCCCCACUCCAGGCAGCCCGCUGGAAUCAAAGCAUGAUGUACCUUACUUCAGGUGUUGUACCUUAUUAUUUUAAAGACAUAUCUUCAAUACCUUUAAAACUUUUCUCACACACUGUUACGGACAUCUGUUUAAAGAUGAACAAUUCUGUUUUCAUUUUAUUUAAUCAGAUCAGAAAUUUCCAACGAGACGAAGCGUCUGACAGCUCUGUGUGACCUCUGGGAACCGAAAGUGGAGGAUGAAUCAAUCCCAGAAGAGAGUGAGUGUGCAGAGUAACCCAGUCUGAAUGUGUGCCAGUGUUUUCUCCAAGUAAAAGUGUUCUGCAGGAGAGAGGAAACAAGUUUUACUUCAUAUUUAGAAGUUGUUGUCAUUCUUUCGUCUACCUAGUGAGAGACAGCAUACGGACAGCUGUCGGCCAAGCAAGGCUGCUGAUGAAGGAGCGUUUCAAGCAGUUCAGUGGUCUGGUGGAUAACUGCGAGCUGGGCUUGGGGGAGAAGAUCACCACCUGCUCUGACCUGCAGGGAUUUUGGGAUAUGGUGUAUUACCAGGUGGGGGUGUCAUCUGAAAGAUAUGAGCUAGUUUUUAUCAGACACAAAAAGAAAGGCAAUAACUUCUUUUCACUGUCUUUUAGGUUGAAGAUGUCAACAAGAAGUUUGAUGCUCUAAAAGAGGCAGAAAGCCGAGGGUGGGUGGAGGAGCACAAGCCAGUGCCCAGACAGAGGAAAGCAGUAAAGGUAAGCUAGAUUUAGAUGUUAGAGAAAGAAACAACAUGCCGCCAAUCCAGCUCAUAUUUAUUCGUGGUCAUUUUUGUAUUUUUCUAGAUGAGGGAUUGCGAUUCCUAAUUUACUCUAUAUGGGUAAAAAAAAAAACAAAAAAAAGUCAUGAUUUUCAUCUCAUAUUUUCGCAGAAACCCUCGGCUCCACCUGCUCACCCAGUGGGAACCAAAGCAGCCGCAAAGUCUCGCCUUGCCGCUGCUAAAGCGGCCAUGAAAGCCAAACAGCUGGCGGCUGAGGCAGAGAAGGCAGCAAAGGAUGCUGGGAGCAGUGAGGGAAAUCUGGAUUCAAAUUCCCAAGAGCCUCAACCCCAAGUGGAGGCCAAAGCAGCUGACACAGUGGUGUUUGAUGGAGGUUUCUUUCAGGUGGAGAGUCCAGCCAAACCAUCAGGUGAGCAAUGAAGACCAUACUUGAAAUGUCAUGUACCGGUUUAUUCAGUUUUGAUUUCCCUGCUGUUCAGGUUGAGCAUAUUUGGAGCGAACACUUAACCUUCUUUUUGUCACACCUAUAGGUUCAGUGAGGAGAUCCACUCGUCUUAGUGCAGCCGUGCUCCCUCAGGCCUCUCCCUGCUCUAACUACCUCUCACCCAGAAGAGUCACCCGGAGAUCCCUCGCACUGGCACAGACCCCCAAUCACAGCGCUUCCCCUCUCGCUAAGCCCGCCCCCACUCCUGCCCAGUUCUGUCUCACCCUUGAUCAAACCCCAGCACAAGCACCGAAAUCUCAGCGAGGAACUCCUCAGUCAACUUGUAAUAGAAAGGACCCUGUGACUACCUCUCUCUGCUUCACUCCCGUGAGGGAAGUUCGUUCAGACCACGCCAAACCUGAGCCAAGUCCUGCCUGUCAAAUGGAAACAGUCUCCACACAAGAAAGCACUGCCACACCUGGGCCUCCACUUCCAUCUAUUUUUGUAGAGGAGGAGCAAGAAGAAGCAGAAGCAACCAGUAACGACAACCCUCGCUCUCCAAGACUUUCCCUCUCCCCUUGUAAAACACCUCUUCCUGUCUCCAAAGCCCCUGAGCCCUCAUCCUCUCUGAGUUUUACCUUGUCACCAUGUGAGACUCCCAGCCAGCCUCUUAUACCCUCUCCUGCUGCUGUGGAGACCCAAGAGUCUGUUUGUCACACACCAAACAGCGCAGUUGUUGAGGUAAAACACUUCCCAGUUUCCCUAGAGGCCCAUUUUUUCAUAGAGACCAAUUAUAUAAACCUGUUUGCCUCGGUUUUAAACAGAAGUUUGUUUUGUGUUUUUAGGAGAUUCCAGGGUUGGACUUUGAGCGUUACCUCCAGCCUUCACACAGAUGCAGUUUGUCACUGGAGGAGCCAGUUCCCGCAGAGACACUGUCACCUAUGGCAGUGGAUGUAGAGAUGGAGAGUCCCAGAGGUCCAUCAGAAGACAUGAGUACUCUGCAAGAACCAGGUAAGAUUUCUGUGCAGAGAAACUUUGAAGAUUUACUGCUUUAUAACACAAUGGGGAUGCUAAAGAUUCUUGUAUUGGAACUUGCUUCAAGUGAGACAGAAAUUGUGGUUUUACAGUCAAAGUUUUCCAGAAAGCACAAUUUUUUAGAUCCUCUGCACACCUGCAUGCUGUAAUUUAUGAUAUCACGUUCGUUUAAAGGAUAGAGUUCACUGACUUUUAUGGUAUAACUUUACUUUGAAGGGAUAUGAUUAACAUGCCACUGUUUUAUCACUUUUUUACCAUUACCACAGCACUGCCAUCACUGUUAACUCUUCAGUCACCACAGGUGAGGGGUUUAUCAUUUUCACCUCCCAAACUUUACCUUGAAAUAUUUAUUUUUAAAACCACACUUAACUAUUAACUCAGACUUAAAAUAUUACUCUGGUUGCCUCGCUGAAUCAUCUUAAAUGUCUUUUUUUUUCUCCUUUUAGGCCCAGUCAGCUGAAUCUGAGCUGCUCCUCUUCACCCCCGACCUGAAGGACCGGAUUCGGCAGUCCGUCUGUCCAAGUGACCUCAUGGUCUUCACUCCUCCUCCCUAAUACGUAGCAAAAGAUGUCCUUUUUAAAAAAUUUUGUUGCUUUUUCAAAACUGCUUUUGUAACAUUUUAUAUCCAAGUGAUUUUGAGUGAUUUUUAGAUCAAUGGAAAAUAGUUUUUCAUAUGAGAUGUUCUUAUUAAAGAUUUACUAACAGUGGAGAGGCGAGUGCUCUUCAUCUACAUCCAAACACAAUUCCACCAAUCCCUCAUGGUUAUAUAACUCACUUUGUUUAUUCUGAUGAAUAUUUAUCAUCAACCCAUAGACAGAUAUGGACUGUUCAGCCCUGACAUGUAAAUCAAAACAAUGAAAAAACUGAGUUUUGCACUUCCUCAUCACAAGGGCACAAUAUAUUGAGUGAUAGCGCAGAAUGAUGACUUGAUGAUGAUGCCAUCUGGUGGCUGUUUUUAUGCACAAGAAGCCACUGAUUGUGGCAACAAUAAGGUCCAGCAAAUUUCAUUUUAGGAAGCAAGAUAAAUCUAUGAUCUACAACCAACAAAUUUUAAAAAAUCAUAUUGAACUUUGUCCAAGACAUUUGUUUCAUAUAUUUUUGACUGGUUUGGUUUAUGUUUUACAUUUUAUAAUUACACAAAAUCUAAAGUAUAGACUAAACUACUGACUGCAUCUUACCUAAAAAGACUCCUAAUUGUGGUUAAAAAUAAUUUUUACGGAGGGAAUUUGAGAACUAAACUACCUAACUGUGCUGAGCUGCAGUCUGCAGAGUGACGUGUUUCCGGGCCUCGUUUUAAAGCUUCUCUUCCUUCAUCUUUUUAGACACUAACUGGUUGUGUUCAUAGGCUGGGAAGAAAAAGUGAUUAAAGAACUGAUGGAUUGUCUGCUUCCAAAGUUGAAGUUCAUGGUCUUCGGCUUCUUCUUUCCUGGUUCGCUUUUCCUUUCCUCUAUGCCCUUCUGCGUGCACAAAAGGAAAUAUAAAAACAUUAUGUUGUCAAUUACAGGGUCAAUGUUUAUCCACAAAGUUUUAAUAGUAAUUUUACUUCUGCAGAAAAAAAAUAAAAUAAAAAUCACCAAACCAAGCCAAGGCUGUUUUUGGAUUUACUUUUGAACUAAUUCAAAUAUACUAUCACUUAUGCAUCAAACAUGAUCUGAAAGAAUAAGAAAAUCACUACCAAAAACCAACCUGCAGACUGUAGAUUUUCCUCAAAUGUAGUUUCAACAUUUUGUUGACCCUCCACGCCUUCAGAUGCAGAUGAUUCCUGUGAUAUUCCAGUCUAUAAAACAACACAAUUAGUGUUUUCUUAAUUAGUUUUCUUAACUUGUUUGUAAUGUGAAGAAAAUACUGUCAAAUAAAUUUUCUUAAUCUAUUUCAAUUAAACUUUGAACAAAUGACCAUCAGUCAGGACAACUUUACUCUUUACUUAUAGGGUGUUGAAGGGUGUAUGGUAGUGAGAGGAUCUGAUUGAUUUAAAAAGGGCAGUUAAUCGUCUUUACCACUUUCUCUCCAGCCUCUACUUUACAACCAUCUCUUCCGGCUUCAGUUUCAGCGCCCUCCUUCUCCGAUCCUCCUGAAACCUGCUUACAUUUCACCUCUGCAGAACCCAAAAGCACCUCUAAAAACUCCAGGAAUGUAAUCUGUAAUGAAGAGUUGUACAGCAACCAAAAUUACAACUAAAGAGGAAGAAUAAGGGAAGAGUUCACAGAUGUAAAUACUAUAUACGCACCUCCAGAUCCAGACAGCUGGUAAAGUUGCUGGGGUCGCUGCUUUCUGAGGUGAUGAUCUGCAGUAAUUUCCUCACAGUCAGGUUGUUAUCCAGCAGGUUAAGAUCCUAGGUGGAGUUAGCAUUAACACUAUAUCAUCAACAACUUAUUUUGUCUGAGACAUCAUGACAAAGUUGGUAAUCAUAAUGCCUUGUCUGUCGCACCUUGAACAUCCACAGCAGUUGUCUACAGGUCAUGAUCUGCUCAUUUCUGGGGGGUUUAUAAACUUUGCAGUACGUCUGAUAGAUUUCCCAGCACUUCUUUAAGUAGUCUAGAGCCAUCACAUCACCGCAUGGUUUGCUAAACAAGAAGCCUAGAUCAACAAAGAUGUAGUUAAUGAAUAUAUCAUUCAUGUACAGUAUUCGCAUGGUUCUGUCUGGGUGUGUUGUCUCACAUGAAAUGUAGAAAACCAAAAGGUAAUCAGAAAUGCAUGUUUUUCAUCACUGAUUGCAGCACAUUUUGCACUUCCUCCUUGGGUCAAUGCCAUGUUCCCCUUAUUUUGGGCUUCUAAUGUGGCAAUACAUGUUCAUCUGUGCUUUAGGGCUCCUGUGUAGAUUCCAAUUCACCCAUAAUCACCCACUCACUGUACAGUUUUGUAUUGUAAGCACCUUUUACGUUCUCAGCAUUAGGGAGGAUGUUUUCUGUCAUCAGUUUAGAAAAGCAGGCAGCCAGAAGGUUCUUCUUUGACCUGUGAAAACAAAGGUGCUGCCAGUUACUGAGACAAUCUGACGUAAACAUUGUACAUGUUCACAGAACCACAAGUAUUUUAAUCCAGCACUAUAAUAACAGUCAGGGAAUAACCAUAGUCAUUAGCAUUCAUCCUCUGGGGAGCUAGCAUGGCAUUCAGCUUGACUAGUCUGUUUAAUACCAUCAGUUCAUAAAGGAUGCUAGUUUGCAUUUGGAGGAAGAAUUUCUUACACCAUGUGUUCAUGGUAGAUGUGAUAUGCCACGACCACAAGACAGCUGAGGAGCCCGCGAAAAAGAAUGGGGGUAAAAGGAGAGUGUAAUUCCUCCAUUGGGGCAUCUGGUAAGGCACAUAGAGAGUGUAAACAUUUAGGACAAAAUAGGGUUAUCAUGAACCUUAUCAUCUUCUGACAUGCCUUAGAUUAUUCUGUAGAGGAGAAAGUGAGCGACAACCUCCCCUUACCUUUGAUGAAAUGGUCUAUCUUUGUCAGAGUGAUGCUGUGGUGGUGGAUGUAGCAGUCUUUAAGCAGGCGCCAGAGCUGCAGGCGGGACAGCGGGAAGGUGUUAUUGGGAGAGUGGGCCCUGCCAAGUUUGCUGUAGAAGUUGUAGACUGACCUGAGCUCUGUGGCCAGCUUCAGCACCACAAACUCCACCUGUUGCACACAAGACAUGGUAUCACAGAUGAAAAUUAAGGAAACCACAAAGCUACUGCUUGGAACAGUUUUUUAACCACAGCUGUAAAAUGAAUACCUUUUUGUGGUUUUCUUUAAGGGAUGCCACCUUAGACCAAAGACCAAAGAAAAAUAGCCAGACAUGCACCAUUAUGACCCUGUCCAGUUACAUUUGUGUAAAUCUCUGAUGAGCCUUUGUUUGGUUUGAUAUGAGUAAACAUGCAUUAUGAUACUGAAUGCUUCUGUGAGGAACAUUUGGCACCCUCUGAGGAAAAGAGCAGACUUCGCUUGAGUGUUUUGUUUUUAACAAGAAUCUUAUCGUGUUGAUUUCUGACAGUCAGACAUACCAAGAACAGUGAAUAUUUGAUCUGAAAUUUGUAAAAACAGGGCUGUUUCGUCUGACUGCUGACACCUCAGUCAAACAGCAAAUUAAUGAACGAGCCCUUUCUCUUUCAACUUCUUUCUUGUAGGUGUCUUUAUGGAGGACCUGACCUGCUCCUGCUCAGUGUUCCGAUUUCUUUCAGGGAUUUUAUCCAGGAGACAAUCAAUGUUCAGGGCCAUAUCUAGUCCUAAGAUGGAUGAAUCACUCCCUGGCAGAGGGGAGGGACCUAAAACAAAAGGUCAAAUCAGAGAGCAUCUGUAACAGACUGUAACAUUUGUGUACAGGUGAGCAUUUUGAAUGGAGCUGAUGUACUGUGGAUGUUUACCGCAAAAAGGAGUGGGAGCCCUUUGUCCAUUCAGGAUAUCUGUCAUCAUCUGAUCAUUCACAAAGUCCCCUUCAAAAACAUGACCAUUCUUAAAGGUGAAUUUUCCCUGUGAACCAGAUACAGUGUUAACAGGUAAAGAAUCAAGUGAUGCUAUUUAAAUACAUCGAAAAACAAGACAGUGAGGUGAUAAGGUACAAAAUUCUAGGUGUGACAUUGUAUCUUAAAUGAACCUUUCCAUGUUUUUUGUUGUUCCUCCAUUGUCCCACAUAAAUUGCACCACCAGCAUAGUAGAAUGUUCCCAGCCCAUGCCUUUGACCCUGCACAAAAUCCCCAGUAUACCGGUUGCUCUUUGUAUACUGGGAUCCAUCUGCUCUCUUUAGGAUCCAGGUGUGUGUACCUUGUCCAUGCUGCAACAGAGAAGACAGUGUAUGAAGAGUAAAUACAUGUUUGUUUUUUCGUCACAGUAAAGUACAUCUUGGACUGAGCAACUUUGUCUUUUAUUUAAUUUCAUACUUGAACUCCAUUCUGCCACAUCCCAUCAUACUCCUCUCCCAGUUUUAGCCACUUCAUAGUUCCUUUUCCGUGUCUCAGAUUGUUCUUCCACUCACCAGAGUAAACAUUUCCAGAGGGGUAGCUGAUAAAAUAAAAAAAAUAUAUAUACAAAUGUCAAGUUCCCUCAGUCUCAAUCACUUUGGCUUCAAAUAAGACUGUAUACUCGACACUUACCAUCUCACUCCACAUCCCUCUCUGAUGUUCCUCACCCAGUCUCCUUUGUACCAAGAUGUCUUUUCCUGGUUGUAAAACUCUUCACCCUGACAUAAAGACAAUCAAUAAAAGAAAUAGAUCUUUGGUGAUAUGCAAUAAUAAAGAGCAUCAGUUCGUGGGUUGUACCUUUCCAUGCCUUUUUCCCUGAUCCCACUGCCCUGUGUAUGAAACACAGUCUUUUGCACAUGUGUAGGUUCCUGUCCCAUGUUGUAUCCCAUAACAGACCUCACCCUUGUAGGUGCUGCUAUCUGGCCAGAUAUAUGUGCCCUCUCCCAUGGGCUGGUUGCGCACAAAUUCUCCCUGUUGGGAUAAAAAUUGACCCAAAGAUGUAGUUGUUGAAAACACUUAUUGCCCUAUGUUUAUAGUUAGAAUUUUUAAAAAAGUAUCCUUACAAUCUAAGUUCAUUACAGUUAUGAUAGCAGCCUUUUGGUCUUUUUUUUUUUAAUAUCACCUCAUAUUUCAGUCCACCUGCCCAUGUGAAGACACCGUAUCCAUCCAUCAGUCCCUUAGAAAACAUGCCCUUUAAAAUCACAAUAAAGUGAGUUAAGUCCUUAUAACAGUCCUAACUUUAACUAUAUAAAAAGCAAGUGUUUACAGAGUACUUUGGCAAUUAACACUCUUGUCUUUGUAAUAAUUUAAUUUCAAGAAAAUACAAGAAUACGUGCGUGAAUUUGUAACUAUUAAAAUAAUCAAAAUGGUCGAAAAAUUUUACUUUAAAAAAAAAAAAAGUUAUUCAAUUUGAAAUAGAAAUAAAAGGCUACAAUGAAUGAGUUAAAAUGCAUGUAAAAAAUACUUUUGGAUUAAUAAAAAAUAAACGUGUCUUGUUUCGACCAUGUCUCUCUUGGUUUUAACGUGUAACUCAUGACUGUGUGAGAACUUAUACCUUGUACACAUGGCCUCCGUCAAAACAAGCGAGUCCACCCCCUUGAAACACGCCUUCACAUGUUUCUCCUUCAUACCUGUUCAAGACACACGGUAAGCUGCCAAAACCAUGUGGGUGGACUAAAAAGUUAAUCUAUAUUUAUUCAGAAUUAUGGUUUACCUCUGUACUGUUAGACGUAUAUGAGCAUCUCCAUUCCCACGCUGCUUUAUAUCCGCUAAAUUCACCUUUAAAACACUUAUUUUGUCUCUUCCCUCGGCCACUGGUUUUGUGUUUCUAAUUUUCUGUUCACCGUGUCUUAUGAGGAUUUUACUCUUUUCCUUUCUUUGAGUCAUUUUUCGAUGUUAAGUUGUCUCACGGAGCAGCUCGACCCCUCUCCAUGGCAACGCAAAAAGACGCUGAAACUACGGCGUCCUUCCACACCCAAAAAUGUCAAAGCCGCAGACUAGCCCUGAUUGCGCCAGAUGCAGCCUAAAAUGCUGACAUUGACUCUUAUUAGAAAGUCUCAUCCACUAUUACUAAGAAUUAUUAUUUUUUCUAUCCAAUUAUGUCUGACGGCUUCGACUACUUGUCUACUGGAUUUUUCCUACCCAUCUCCGUGACCAAAAGAAUUCAUAUUUGCAGAAGACAACAUAGUUUGCCUUACUCACUUUACAAUGCAACAUAAACAUCAAUGCAGCAAUGGUAUUAUUAAAUGAGAAUUGGUUUAUUUACAAAGGGUUUUGAAUUCUGGGUUUUUACUCUAUGUGUACUUGCAUUUUCACAGUUUUAUAAGACUAAUACUUUUGUUAAAGUAAAGAAACUGAAUGCUCCCUCUCCCCAUUGCACAGGCUAUAAGAGAGAAAUUAGCAUAGAGAGGCAACAUGUUUCAAAUAUAUCUUGUUUAUUACUCUGAUUAAUAAAGUGUAAAGGUUAAAAAAAUGCAGACAAAUACAAUUAAAACCCGAACCUAUUGGAACAGAUAUAAUUUUAAAAAAAAACAGUAUACAUUCACUUCUAAGCGUUUGAUCCAUACAAAUAUACAGUAUAUUUUUGUCAGUGCAGUCCUUGCAUACAAAAACAAUCUGGAAUGGCAGCACAUUGUAGUUAUAUUACUACAGUACAAAAUAAAACUUUCAGCAGGACCUUCCAUGGUCAGUCUGGAGAGAUGAUAUCCAGGUUGGCAAGGUGUCUCAUGGUGGGUCUUCCAUGAGGACAGUUCCAAGGGUGCUCAAUUUCCCCCAUGUGAACCACAAGCUUCUUCAUUUCACUGAUGCUCAGAGCAGUGCCAAUCAUCACCUGAAGAUGGAUACCAGCAAAAAAAAAAAACAACAACAGGUAAUGUGUCAAGAAAAAGAACAGUGGUAUUUGAUAACAAAAGUGAAUAACACAUUUCUCAUUAGACACUUAAAGGAACAUUACAGUGUAUUCAUAUAUUUUAGAUUAAGACAAGACCAUGUGCGACUAUCUUAACCUGAAAUUUAAGAAAUAUUGUUCUCAUGGCAAUAAAAAAAAAAGAACCACGAAAUAUAAGGUAUAUUUUCAGAGAUGGAUAUUGCAAUUACAGUUUUAACAUUACUUUUUUAUGGAUGGGUGGAUAAUCUGCAUUCUUGGUGCACUGGGAUAUAUAUUACAAUGUUUAGGUAGACUUACAGAUUUUCGACAUGCUCUAGAGGCAAACAUUUGCCUGACGCGAGACGGUCGACACAUGAUCCCCGGACUGUCAGUCAACAUGAAGAUCAUCUCUUCAAUGUCAGUUGGGCCGAAUGUCCAGUUUUUACUUGUGGGCAGAGACACCAGCUUGACCCGCUCCAUCACCUGAGCUGCAGUCAGAGUUUUAAAAAAGGACUUCAUAUCUGGAAUCACUAAAUUAAAAAUAAUAGUAAUAAGUUGAAAUAAAAUCAAAUCAUACCAUCUUCAUUAAUGAGAAAUUCAAAGCCGUUCUUCCUGAAAAUCUCGAUAUUCUCCAUGAGGAUGUUUUCACUGACAGCAGUGAGGUAAAGCUUCUGAGGGCUGCAAUCAACAAGGAAAGUUUAACAAAAUACUUAAAAAGUUACUUUAAAUAGAUGUACUUUAAAAUAUAACAUAACAUUCAAACGAUAGCUUUCAGAGUCUUACGCAAUGAGUUUCUGUCCUUGCAGGCUUGUGUGCUGCUGCAGCAUCUCAAAGUUGUAUUUCUCAUCUGUUGCAUGCUGGUCGAUCAUGAAGAUGUCUGAGUUGAGUUUGGUGAUAAUGAAGCCGAGGUUAAACUGUCCAAUAAUCUCCAUCUGUUUAAACAUGUCUUUACUAGGAGACAGAAACAGAAAAAUCAUCUUCUGUUGAGCAAAUAUCACUUUGAUGUUGAAACUUUAAAUCGGUAUCAUGUACAAAAGUAAAUCCCACCUGAUUUCUUUCCUGAGCUCCUCCUCUGCACUUUGGUUUUCUCCAGGGUUGAUCUUGGCCCUGAAGCGUCUGUAGCGCAGACUCUCCUCACUCCUCUGUUUCUGCUGGUCAUUUAAUCUCUUUAGCUUUCCUGUUAGCUCCUGAAGAGAGAACUGGAGAAGCACUGUCCUCCUCUGUAGGGAGAUGGGAGCAUCCACAGUGGAGUCUGGUAAAGUGUAUGAUCCGGGUUUGGUAGGAAAAUGUGUUUCAUCUUUUCUAGCUUUUUUGGCAUCUGGACUCAAGAAGGAGUCUUUGUUGGAAGUGCAGGGCUCAGUCUGUAACUCCAGAUCUUCCGAGAAAUUUUGAGAAUUGUCAGAUGUUUCUUCAAACGUUUCAUUUUCUACAGUGAGUUUGUUUAUGUGUUGUUCAGGUGACUGAGUAUCAGGUGUUGACACGCCACAUGUCAACACAGCCCUGUCUUGAUCAGAAUCCACAUCGGUGCCUGACGUCCCUCUAUACCUGAACCCUCCCAGCACUGACUUUCCAGCUACUGAGCAUUUGCCUACAUCUCUGAUGGAUUUAAUGGGAGAUUUCGAGCUUGAACUGCAUGUAGAAGGUUUGACAGAACCCUUGAAAAAAGUCUGUAGUGUUUUCUGUGUUGGGCCACAGUUUGAAACUUUUGUAGUACUUGAUCUGUUGCCAAAUGUGGAACCAUGAGUACUUGAAAAAGCUGCUUUAAGUCCAGCCAGAUUUAGGGUUGACUUUGGACUCUGGAUCACUGGCUCCAUGUUGGUUCCAUAUUCAGGUACAUUUUCAUUCGAUGGGGUACGAUGACAGCCAUCAGACACCAAUGAUGUUUCUAGAGAAAAAUGUCCAAAUAAAAGCACAGAAAGAGAAGCAUGUAAUCAUGUCAGCAAAAAAAUCUCCAAAUUCACCUGUUGCUUUGUAGACUAUAUUUAAGGACUGGUUCUUACUUGUUCCUGGUAGAGGUGUACAGUUUAGGCUGAUCUUAUUUACCCCAGCUUCAUACAUGUUGAUGAGAGAGGUCUUUAGGAUAGCCAGCAGGAGUUUCUCUUCUUGAAGGAAGAUCUGUCGUUUGUCUGGGGUUACAUUCACAUCCACACACUCUGAAAUACCAAGUAGAAAGGAAACAGUUCAUGGAGUAGCAAUAAAAUACCAUCUGAGUAGCUUCUAAAAGGUUUCAGAUUGAUAAAUGUCUUACCUGAGGCAACAGCUAUGUUCAAGGCAACAAAUGGGUACUGAUGUCUGUUAUACAUGUGAUACACUUCAUUCACAAGCUUGGUCACCUGAAAAUGGCAAGAAAGUUUUAAUACAGUACUAUGAAUUUCAAUUCAUGUCACAUACUUUCAAAACAAUAAAUUCAGGUUUUAUACGAGUUGUAAAUGAUUAAUGGAGGACAGAAACCUGACAUGAAUUACCUUGAGAGGAUCACAUGGUCGGUUGUUAAUGAAAAAGAACUGCCUGUCUGUGGCACUCCUCCCAACACCGUGGUCUCCCCGAGAGACAAACCCUGUGAUGCUACCAGAAAAUAAAAACUUCUUCAGUAUUUUUGAGGGUAAAAGUAUGAAAAAAUUCAAUUUUAAUGAUGUUACUUACGUAAAGAGCUGUUUGGGUAGAUCUGCCUCUUUGAGUCCAUAUUCCUCAAUGACAUUUUCUGCAGGAGAGACUUGCUGAAAAGGCAGAAGACUCUGUAGCUACAAAAGGAAAAAAGACAUUGCCAUGUAACAAAACAUAUCAAGCUGACAAGGUUACACAGUUCCUCAAAGUGUUUAAGCUUUAUUCAACUAUCAAUAAUACUCAUAAAAAAGUUAAAUGAAGAACACUGGUAAAAAGUGAUGAAUUAGUCCUAACAAAAUAGUCCUUCUACAUUCUGUAGAUCAUCCAUAAACAACAAAUAAAGAAGUGGUAUCUUUAAGUUCCUACCUGUUUUGGUCCAAAUAUGGCCCCGAUGUUGUCUCUCAUGCUCUGACUGCCGCUGGUGCUGAGGACUGGGCUGCGCUUUCCUUGCCCGUUCUGGUUGGAGCAGGUAAUACGCACUCCGGUGGAGAUUAUACAAUAGGACUGCAGGACAUGUAUCAUUUUAGCGUAUUCCUGCAGAAGAAGAGGGAUUAAAUAUGAAAGAUUUAAGAUUAAGAACACUGGUAGAUAAAUCUCAUGCUGUCUGGCUCUUGCACAUCAGCUAUAAUAAAUUUCUUCUUAAAUAUGUCAUUAUUUUCACAUUUAUCAAUGCGUUUUGCCUUUUAUGGGAUUUAAAUUAUUGUUAUUUUAGCAUGAUUUUUCUCUUAAAAUAGUGUGCAAAAGUUAUGUCCAUGUGCUGGCUGAGGGUUAGAAAAGUCAGGGCAUGAUGGUGCUAAAAGCUAUCUUGUAAAUAAAAUGCAAUUUAGAGGGAAAGCUUGGGUAUAACUUGGCAUUCUCUUGGGAAUUCAGUUGUUUAAUUAAUUUUCAGAGGUUUUUAAAUUGUUCAAAAGUACAUAGUAAAUAUUGUCAUAAAGAAGCACUGUGGUAGGAAUGCCUACACCACAUCCCCAAGGCCCAAGCCCACUGUUCCUGCAGCAAAACAUUAAGCUCUAAUAGGCCAUAUAAAGACAUAAGGAUUCUUAACUGACCUUCUUGAUGUUGCGUUGGAACUCCUUGUGUCGGACAGGCAGGGUGUAGAAGAGUUGCUGCAGGCUGACAGUUGUGCCUUGCUGACGCGGAUGGGGUGACUUCUGCACCAAGUGGCCUUUGUGGUCGAACACCAGCUUGGUCCCAACCUGGCUGGACUCAUGGCAUGUCACCACACCCAGGUCACUAAGCAGGAGGUCAGACAAGAUUUUCAACUAAUAAGGAGACAUGUACCACAAGUUCAUGUGUCAACUGAAUGUUGCUGAUAUAACACAGUUUACCUCAGAGCACACAAAGAGCUGAGGGCUUCACCUCUGAAGCCAAAUGUUUCCACAUGGAUGAGAUCAGAAAAGUCCCUCAGCUUAGAUGUAUGAUGCUUUAGCGCUGUGGAAAAACAUAACAAGUGUUGCUCAGCCAACAAGUGUAAGGUAUACUUCUUUAUAAAAAUAGAUAAGGAAAGCUUGCACUUACUGAGCCCCUCAAAGUUUGCCUCUUCUACUCCUUUGCCGUUGUCAGAAACCUCUACCAGUUCAGUUCCACACUCCUUCAGCCUCACAUCUGAAAUAUGCAAUAAAAUGGUGUUCCUUUAUUUCCAAAAACAGUUCAUUCCAUGUUCUUGAUUUUCUCAUAAUGUACUGGUAUAGUUGCACACACAGAAAACCCAGUAUCACAGCGUUAUAGUUGUGUGAAAUUCCGUGCAAAUGAGUUAUGACCGACUACUUCUGAUCUUCAAUAUGAGAAUAAAAGUAGAUUUUUCCUUAUGUGUUCGCGUGGAAAAAAUGUGGCAGUGAUUCAGUUUGCAUAGUGUUUAAAAUCAUAAACACUGUUUAUCCGGUGUGAUACUUUUCUCAAUUGUAUGUUCCUUUUCACAAAAAAAAAUUAAUCUGAAGAAAUAAAGAACCAAAUAUAACUACUGACAUCUAUCUAUUAUUAAUUUUCUUGGUAUAAAUACAUAAUUGCAUCUCCCCUAGCCUGAUAUGCAGGUUGAAAGAUUUUUACAAACGCACAGCUCUUGUGUGCAAUAUGCAUCGAUACUUACCAAUAUUUGUGGCCCCUGCAUCGAUGCUGUUUUCCACUAGCUCUUUGACAGCAGUGGCUAAAGUCAGCACCACCUGUCCUGAGCAAAUCUGAUGUACUGAGUGCUUGUCAAUAGCCUUGAUGCUUCCUGCAGGUUCAGGGCUGCAAAGAGAAAACAAGUACUCAGUGACGAUGGUAUACAACUUUGCUAGACAAAAAGAAGCCCUUUUCUGUCGUUUUUAUCAUAAAAUACUUAGUUCUGCUUGAGUUAAAACUUGUUGGAGAGCAUGCUGCUGCAUGCUGAGCGGACCAAUAUUGCUUUAGACAUUGGGUUGUUACACAUUGUUACACUUUACCAGACUGUACGGGGGAGUUGCAUGUUAAUGUAACUACAAAGGUGCUUGGGUCUGCAGUGUAAAGGGGCUUCCACUUUUAGAUUUGCAUAGAAAGAAAUAUUUGCAGGCAAGCGAAUGAAUACCAUGUUAGCUGACUUACCAGGCAUCUGACAUCUUUAAGGACCCCAAAAGCUUCACGAGGAAAUUCACAAAAAUGGUGAUAAAACACCUCCGAGUGACAGUCGAGGCGAGAGGCCGACUAAUGUAUUGUCAUUUAUGCAAAUAUUAGUUUGUGUUCAUUUCUAAGUAGCGUGUGCCGCAGAUCCGCUACAGCACGUUAUGGCUUGUAAACAAAAGUGAGGCUGUGCCGCGCGAGCGAGUGCAGUGUUCGCGAG